AUGGCAGCCGCUUCGUUGGACGACUCUAACAAGGCCGCAACGAGCCACACAGAGAUUUCCAAUGGCGCCCCAAACCAUGCGGCCCCUGAGAAAUUCGGCGAGUCCACGGUCGUCCUCGAUCCCAAGGCCGAGGCGAGGCUCCGCAUGAAGCUCGAUUUCAUGAUUGUGCCGACCGUCUCGCUACUCUACUUGUUCUGCUUCAUUGACAGAGCAAAUAUUGGAAACGCCAGGAUUGCCGGCCUUGAGAACGAUCUGGGGUUGAAGGGCUACGACUACAAUGCCCUCCUCUCCGUCUUCUACAUUUCCUACGUCCUGUUCGAGAUCCCGUCAAACGUCAUGUGCAAGUGGAUUGGGCCCGGCUGGUUCAUCCCCGGCAUUUCACUCUGCUUUGGAGCCAUCUCUAUCGCCACGGCUUUUGUCCAAAACUUCUCUCAAGCUGCAGGUGUCCGAUUCCUUCUCGGUGUGUUCGAGGCUGGGAUGCUACCCGGUAUUGCCUACUACUUGUCUCGAUGGUAUCGACGCGCGGAGCUUACCUUCCGCCUGUCGCUUUACAUUGUCAUGGCGCCCUUAGCCGGCGCUUUUGGAGGCCUCCUGGCCUCGGCAAUUCUUACGUUGCCACAUUUUGGAAGCCUCACUAGUUGGCGCAUGAUCUUUGCCAUUGAAGGCAUUGUCACUUGCGGAUUAGCAAUCAUCAGCUUCUUCACGCUCACCGACCGGCCCGAGACAGCAAGGUGGCUCAGUCGCGAGGAGCGCGAACUUGCCGCCGCCCGCAUCAGAUCUGAGCGUGUCGCCACCACCGAGGUGCUCGAUCGUAUGGACAAGAAGAAGCUCCUCCAGGGCAUUCUCAGCCCUGUCACGCUGUCGACGGCCGCUUGUUUCCUGCUAAACAAUAUUACCGUCCAGGGCCUGGCGUUCUUCGCUCCUACCAUUGUCCGCACCAUCUAUCCAACCCAGACCACCGUCAUGCAGCAGCUCCUGACCGUCCCACCCUAUGCCGUCGGCGCUUUUUUUACCCUUUUCAUCCCGUUGCUCAGCUGGCGUUUCGACCGCCGCCAGAUCUUCCUGAUUCUGUGUGCCCCGCUGGUCAUCGUCGGUUACGCCAUUUUCUUGGGUACUCUGGACGCUUCGCCACGCUAUGCCGCCACCUUCCUCCUGUCCAGCUCCCUGUUCGCCGUCGGGCCCCUGAGCAAUUCCCAAGUCAGCGCCAAUGUUGUCUCGGAUACAGCACGCAGCAGCGCCAUCGGUCUGAAUGUCAUGUGCGGCAACUUAGGCGGCCUCAUCGCUACAUGGAGUUACCUUCCCUGGGAUGGGCCCAGAUAUCCUAUCGGCAACGGUCUCAACUUGGCUGCUACUGCUGCCACAUUGAUCAUUGCUACAGCUACACUGUUUUGGAUGAAGCGGGAUAAUAAGGUGCGUGAGCGCCGCAAUGCAGAGGAGGAGCUCGCGGGCAUGUCCCUGCAGGAGAUUCAGGACCUCGAUUGGAGGCAUCCCGACUUCCGGUGGAAGCCUUAA